AUGACCGAUACUGACAAAGAGCUUGUGGACGCUGCUGAUCGAGUGCUGCGAUCAGUAUGCAUCGAUAUCUUGACGACAACUCCGGGAGAAUAUUCUAUUAUAGAUACAUUUGCCUUGGAUCCAGACAGUGUGAAAAUAGAUCCGCUUUCUUUGCUUGAUAACCUCAUCCACCCAAGUGGUUUUGACAGCGCAUUCGGCAACGUUAUGGCCUUUGCAAGAGAUGAAGACAAUCAGGAGUCUGACGAGAAGGAGUUUUUCAGAGAAGAGGACCUUUUAACAUGUGCUCCUGGGAUGCCUGGUGGCCUUACUUUCUCGAAACCCAAACAGACCCCUACAGAAGCUGCCAAGCCUGUUGAAAGUUCUAAUAUCGAUGGAAACAUAGACUUUGACUCGACUGAUCUAUUUGAACUCAUGGAUUUCGUAGGCGGAGGCUCUCCUUUGGUAAUCCCAACGGAAAGCUCCGGCCCUGAAGUUCUGGUAGACUCAGCGCCACAAGCUGAAGUGAUACCCGAUGGAACUGAUUCUAGUGUCACCGAAGAAAUUGAGGAGGCUUUGGUAACCCCACUACCGAAACCGGCGCUCAAAUUUGUUCCUCCCGAACGUUUUGCAUAUGCAAAACAGCUCGAUCCAGCGUCCUGCGAAGCAGAAUACAGGGCACUGGUACCAAACAUGGCGAAGAAGGUGAACUUUUGUUAUAUUUUCAGAGUGGACCAAAAAUGCAGUGCUCCAGUGAAAUACAAACACUCUUAG